CAUAAUUUAAAUUUAGGGCUAAAUGAUGCUUGUCAGCACAUUACAGAAAUUAAAGAGUAUUACGACAUUUUGCAAAGGCUUUAUGUUUUCUUUAGCCAAAGUAUUAAACGGUGGGAGCUUCUGGAGAACCACCUUAAAUCUAAGCCAACACUUAAACGGCUUUGCCCAACACGGUGGGCGUCCAGGCGAGAUGCGCUUUACGCACUUAGAUUUCGCUAUGCUGAUAUUUUACAAGCACUGACCAAAAUCACUCUGCGGUCCAAAAAAUCAGACGAACGUACAGAAGCCAUGGGACUCCUGAAAGCAAUGGAAGCGUUUGAGUUUGUAAUGAUGACUGUGAUCCAGGAAAAAAAUUUGGAGACCAUCAAUAUAGUGUCACAGGUAUUGCAGAAGAAAGAUGUGGAUCUCCUUCAAGCAGCAAGUUUACUGGGGAAUGCAACAUGUACAUUAGCACAGCUUCGGGACCAGUUUGACAAUCUCAAAUGUACGGCGCAAGGACUUGCAUCUUCGUGGGGCAUUCGGUGUAACUUCAGGCACAAACGCACACGCCGGAUAAAAAGACAUUUUGAUGAACUUACUGAGGAUCAGCGCCUAACAAAUCUAGAGGAGAUUUUCAAAGUAAACGUGUUCUAUAUGUGCAUUGACACAGUUGUUUCCCAGGUCAGAACGCGAUUUCAUGGCAUGGAUUCAGUCACAAGGAAAUUUCAGUUUCUGUGUCCAACGGAACUCUUACGUGCCAGCGAUGAAGCGCUAAAUGAAUCUGCACAGACAUUAGCUGCUAUUUACAAUGAGGAUCUUUCAUCUGAAUUCUCAUCACAGUUACUUUCGUUUCGAAAUGCUCUCGGGUCAGAGAUAAAAACUGUAAGUACAGUUAAAGGUCUUUUCGAGCUUUUGCUCCUGAGGCAUUCUUCAAUUCUGUCUAGUGUGACAGACGUGGCUACUGCUCUUAAGCUGUUUUUAACUAUCCCCGUCACUGUGGCUAGUGCAGAAAGGUCCUUUUCAAAACUAAAAAUGAUCAAAAACUAUCUGAGAAGCACAAUGUCUCAGGACAGACUUUCCGGACUUGCUAUGCUCAGCAUCGAAAGCCAGCGCGCUCGUCGGAUGGAUCUGACAGAAAUCGUAAAGGAAUUUGCACAGAAAAAUGUCAGGAGGAGAGGACGUUUUGGGCAUUGUUAAAGGUAAGAGCGUUUUAUUGCAUUGUAUCUGUUAGUAGGCUUGAAUACAGAUCGCUGCAGAUUACUGACAAAAAGUGCUAUCUUCCGUUACGUAGCAUGCCAAGAGAGAUUUUUAGCUCACGCACGGGCCUCCUCAUUGUCUCCUUGCGGUGGGGCCCCAGAAUUUUGCGCUACG